AAUCAAGGAGAGUCUCUGGACAACUAUAAUUUCUGUGAGAACACGAGAAGAUGAUGGAGAAAAUACUCAACCAUAGGAUACUCACUUUGUUUCCAAAUGCCAUAGCUCGAAAAUUACUGCUGAUGUUGAUAUUUAUCUUAAUUUUCUGGGUCAUUUACUUGGCUUCAAAAGACCACACAAAGUUCUUGUUCAGCUUGGAAAACCAUAUUAUCCUGAACCAAGGGAACAUCUUCAAAAAAUAUUCACACUCUGAAACACCACUGUGUCCAGCAGUUUCACCAAAAGAGACUGAACUUAGAAUAAAGGACAUUAUGGAGAAACUAGACCAGCAGAUCCCACCCAGACCUUUCACCCAUGUGAAUACCACCACCAGUGCCACACACAGCACAGCCACCAUCCUCAACCCUCAAGAUAUGUACUGCAGAGGGGAUCAGCUGGACAUCCUUCUGGAGGUGAGGGACCACUUGGGACGCAGGAAGCAAUAUGGUGGGGAUUUCCUGAGGGCCAGGAUAUACUCCCCAGCCCUAAUGGCAGGUGCUUCGGGAAAGGUGACUGACUUCAACAACGGCACCUACCUGGUCAGCUUCACUCUGUUCUGGGAGGGCCAGGUCUCCCUGUCUCUGCUGCUCAUCCACCCCAGUGAAGGGGUGUCAGCUCUCUGGAGGGCAAGGAAUCAAGGAUGUGAUAGGAUCAUCUUCAUUGGCCUGUUUGCCAACAGAAGCUCCAAUGUCUUCACUGAAUGUGGCCUGACCCUAAACACAAAUGCUGAACUGUGCCAGUACAUGGAUGACAGAGACCAAGAAGCCUUCUACUGUGUGAGGCCUCAACAUAUGCCCUGUGAGGCCUUGACCCACAUGACCACUAGGACAAGAAAUAUUUCCUAUCUUAGCAAGGAAGAAUGGAGCCUUUUCCACAGGUCCAACAUAGGAGUUGAAAUGAUGAAGAACUUUACCCCCAUUGAGGUUGUACCAUGUAACAAGAGCGAGAACAUAAAAAAGAACUGCCAGAUUGGAAUGAAGACUCCUUUCCCCAGUGGUUAUACUUUGAAAAAAAUGUGGAUUACAGCAUUUUGUAAACAGAUCAAGUUCAAUGAAACAAAAAAUAUAAAUGACUGCUUGGCAAGAAAACUUAUUUAUCUCAUGGGAGAUUCAACACUGCGUCAGUGGAUUUACUACUUACAAAAAGCUGUGAAAACCCUAAAAUAUUUUGAUCAUCAUGGAGCUGGGAUCUUUAAAACAUAUGUUCUUCUGGAUGUUGAAAGACAUAUUUUGAUUCAGUGGAAAAAACAUGGUCAUCCAUUUGUUACCAAAAAGUUAUUCUCAGUGAAAGAUGAAAACUAUAUCCCACGGGAAAUUGACCGGGUAGCAGGAGACAAAAACACAGCCAUUGUCAUUACCCUCGGCCAACACUUCAGACCCUUUCCCAUCAACAUUUUCAUCCGUAGGGCCAUCAAUAUUCAAAAGGCCAUUGAACGUCUAUUCUUGCGAAGCCCGGAGACCAAGGUGAUACUUAAAACUGAAAAUACCAGAGAGAUACAACAAAAUGCAGAGAUGUUCAGUGACUUUCAUGGCUAUAUUCAGAAUCUUAUCAUAAGAGAUAUUUUUGUGGAUCUUAAUGUGGGUAUUAUUGAUGCCUGGGACAUGACGAUUGCAUAUUGCACCAACAAUGCCCAUCCACCGGAUUAUGUGAUUCAAAAUCAGAUUGGCAUGUUCUUAAACUAUAUUUGUUAGAGGAAAAAUACAAAAAUAGCACUAGCCACUUUCUAUAGAUGAUCUCACAUAUACAGCGAAGAUAGUUUAAUGCAAUCCAAGUUUUGAGGAAA